AUGGCGGCGGCGGCGGCUCGAGCGGCGUUGCGGCCCGCGGUCCGGCGGCGGCUGUGGGGGUUCCCGGGGAGGCUCGUGCUCCGAGGCGCCGCCGGGCAGUCUUUCUGUUUUGGAGGGAACAGACUCAGGAGUACACAGGCUGCCACCCAAGUUGUUCUGAAUGUUCCUGAAACACGAGUGACGUGCUUGGAAAAUGGACUCAGAGUGGCCUCUGAAGACUCUGGGCUGUCAACGUGCACAGUUGGGCUGUGGAUUGACGCUGGAAGUCGAUAUGAAAAUGAGAAAAACAAUGGAACAGCUCACUUCCUGGAACAUAUGGCUUUCAAGGGCACCAAAAAGAGAUCCCAAUUAGACCUGGAACUUGAGAUUGAGAAUAUGGGUGCUCAUCUUAAUGCCUAUACCUCCAGAGAACAGACUGUGUACUAUGCCAAGGCAUUCUCUAAGGACUUGCCACGAGCUGUGGAAAUUCUUGCUGACAUAAUACAAAACAGCACAUUGGGAGAAGCCGAGAUUGAACGUGAGCGUGGAGUAAUCCUUAGAGAGAUGCAGGAAGUUGAAACCAAUUUACAAGAAGUUGUUUUUGAUUAUCUUCAUGCCACAGCUUAUCAGAAUACUGCACUUGGACGGACAAUUUUGGGACCAACUGAAAAUAUCAAAUCUAUAAAUCGUAAGGAUUUAGUGGAUUAUAUAACCACUCAUUAUAAGGGACCAAGAAUUGUGCUUGCUGCUGCUGGAGGUGUUUCCCAUGAUGAGCUGCUUGAGUUAGCCAAGUUUCAUUUUGGAGACUCUUUGUGCACACAAAAAGGAGAAAUACCAGCUCUGCCUCCUUGCAAAUUCACAGGAAGUGAGAUCCGUGUGAGGGAUGACAAGAUGCCCUUGGCACAUCUUGCAAUCGCUGUUGAAGCUGUUGGUUGGGCACACCCAGACACAAUCUGCCUCAUGGUUGCAAACACACUGAUUGGCAACUGGGAUCGCUCUUUUGGGGGAGGAAUGAAUCUAUCCAGCAAGCUGGCGCAGCUCACAUGUCAUGGCAAUCUCUGCCACAGUUUCCAGUCUUUCAACACGUCUUACACGGACACAGGAUUAUGGGGACUCUAUAUGGUUUGUGAACCAGCCACAGUUGCAGACAUGCUAUACGUUGCUCAGAAAGAAUGGAAGCGACUCUGUACAAGUGUAACUGAGAGUGAGGUUGCCCGAGCGAAAAAUCUGCUGAAAACCAACAUGUUGCUGCAGCUUGAUGGUUCAACUCCAAUUUGUGAAGACAUUGGUAGGCAGAUGCUAUGCUACAAUAGAAGAAUUCCCAUCCCUGAGCUUGAAGCAAGAAUUGAUGCUGUGAAUGCUGAGAUGGUUCGAGAAGUAUGUACCAAGUAUAUUUAUGAUAAAAGUCCAGCUAUUGCUGCUGUUGGUCCCAUUGAGAGACUACCAGAUUUUAACCAGAUUUGUAAUAAUAUGUGCUGGCUUCGUGACUGAAGUUCUUGUAAUCAAAUAUUUUAAACAUAUAUAUUUAUAAAACUAA